GCUAAUAGAUAAUGACUCAUUAAUUCUUAGUAUGUGCCUAUCGAUGCUUGACGCAGAAAUACGUGCCGAAGUACAACGCAAACACGAGCAACUGACUCAUAACGAAAACCCGGAGGAUUUCGACAAAAUCGAUAUUUAAUCCCCCCCCCGCCAUAAUCAUCAAACAAAUCCCAAAGAUAACAACUUUUUUAUAUAGAUAAAGAUCCGCGUCGCCUAUAAAACAACUGCCGGUUUUCUCGCUUCAGUACUACAAUAACAACAAAGAAAAUGAAAAGUUUAAUAGUGGUGCUCGGCUGUUUCCUGCUAGCGGCGGCUGCCCCGGGCAUAUGGGGCCACCGCAUAAGGAUGAACAAGGAGGGAAUUUGUGCCUGUCCGAGGAUUUAUAUGCCGAUUUGUGCGUCGGAUCAACACACGUACGGCAACGAGUGUUUGAUGGAUUGCGAGUCGUUCAAGAUGCAAACAAGGGGCCUUGGUAGUCUGAGGGUGCUGAGAGGGGGCGCGUGCGACGAGCCCCAAAGGGACGCCCUCGAGGAGAUCAGAGACGUCGCCGAACCGGUUUAUUACAGUUAGGAAUCGUUUGUUUGUUUUAAAUUGCCUUUUUUAGCCCCUUAUUCGUAUCUUUUUUUAAUGUUCAAUAAAAUGUGUUGCCUGGUUUUA